CGAGGCAGGAGGCAGGGAGCAGCAGCAGAGGCAGGAGGAGGACGAGGAGGAGGAGGAGGAGGAGCCGUCGCAGGAUGAAGGAUCGGACUCAGGAGCUGCGGAGUGCUAAAGACAGUGAUGAUGAAGAGGAGGUGGUCCACGUGGAUCGCGACCACUUCAUGGACGAGUUCUUUGAACAGGUGGAAGAGAUCCGGGGCUGCAUUGAGAAACUGUCAGAGGAUGUGGAGCAAGUGAAAAAACAGCACAGUGCCAUCCUGGCCGCCCCCAAUCCAGAUGAGAAGACCAAACAGGAGCUGGAGGACCUCACCGCAGACAUCAAGAAGACGGCCAACAAGGUUCGCUCCAAGUUGAAAGCAAUCGAGCAAAGCAUUGAACAAGAGGAGGGGCUGAACCGUUCCUCAGCGGACCUGCGCAUCCGCAAGACCCAGCACUCCACACUCUCCCGGAAGUUCGUGGAAGUAAUGACCGAAUAUAACGCGACCCAGUCCAAGUACCGGGACCGCUGCAAGGACCGGAUCCAGCGGCAGCUGGAGAUCACUGGAAGGACCACCACGAACGAGGAACUGGAAGACAUGCUGGAGAGCGGGAAGUUGGCCAUCUUCACCGAUGAUAUCAAAAUGGACUCACAGAUGACGAAGCAGGCACUGAAUGAGAUCGAGACGAGGCACAACGAGAUCAUCAAACUGGAAACCAGCAUCCGAGAGCUGCAUGACAUGUUUGUGGACAUGGCCAUGCUUGUGGAAAGCCAGGGUGAGAUGAUUGACCGCAUUGAGUACAACGUGGAACAUUCCGUGGACUAUGUGGAGCGAGCUGUGUCCGACACCAAGAAAGCUGUGAAAUACCAGAGCAAGGCCCGGAGGAAGAAAAUCAUGAUCAUCAUUUGCUGUGUGGUGCUGGGGGUGGUCUUGGCGUCAUCCAUUGGGGGGACGCUGGGCUUGUAGGCCCCCCCACCCCUGUCUCUCCCAGACCCUUCCCCCACCACAUUGGGAGCAAUACCCCCACCACCCCUUUCACUCCAUCCCCUGCUCCAGGCUCACCCCCAAGACAGAUCCAGGCAGCCCCCCUUCCCCACUUCCUGUCAGACCCCAGAGUCCCCGGACCUCCCCCCCCCACCCGCCACGGACCACCCCCCGCACGUAGACAGCAGCAGGCGUGAUUACACACGCACACCCACAUGCGUGCCGCCAGAACAUGCUCAAGACGUGUGGACACCCCAGCGUGUGUGUGUGUGCGUGCGUACAUGUGUGUAGAAACCCCAAAUCCCCCUUCUGCCCCCCUCCCAGUCUGUGUGUCAUCUGAGCUUUCCCCCUUCACUUGGGUUGUUGUGUGUGGACUGUGGCCAGGUGUAACACAGCAGCCCUGCUCUGUCUUCUGUGAACAGGUGUGUGUGUGUGUGUGUGUGUGUGUGUGUGUGCGUGCACGCCCAUGUGUACGUUGUGAGCCUGUGGAGCUUAAUCAAGGUGAGUGGGAGCACACACGUAUCCCUAACCCAGCCCAGCUGUGUAUAUGUGUGCGUUUCUCCCAGCAGGUAAUGUGUGUGUGUG